AUGGGGACCAGGAGAAAAAAAGAUGAAAAGAAGGAUGACAAGAAGGACGAAAAGAAAGACGAGAAGAAGGACGAGAAGAAGGAUGAGAAGAAAGAUGAGAAGAAGGAUGAGAAAAAAGACGAGAAGAAGGAUGAAAAGAAGGACGAGAAGAAAGAUGAUAAAAAGGAUGACAAGAAAGAUGACAAGAAAAAAGAGGAACCGAAGGAGGUGUGGAUCAUGGAUCCUGCUACAGACUUGUACUACUACUGGCUGUGCACCAUCUCCAUCCCUGUCUUCUACAACUUGAUGUUUCUGGUGGCCAGGGCUUGUUUCAAUGAGCUGCAGUACAAAAACACAACGCUAUGGAUGGGUUUUGACUACUUCUCAGACCUCCUCUAUUUCAUCGACACCUUUGUGAGAGCCAGAACGGGUUUUCUGGAGCAAGGACUGCUCGUGAAAGAUGCAAAGAUCCUGAAAGAAAAGUACAUGAAGACACCCCAGUUUAAAAUGGACAUCUUCUCAAUACUUCCCACUGACAUUGCAUUCAUCUACCUGGGAAUCGAUAAUCCAGAAUGGAGGUUCAACCGUCUCUUUAGGUUAGCGCGGCUGUUUGAGUUCUUUGACCGAACGGAAACUCGCACAAAUUUCCCAAACAUCUUCCGAAUUGCCAAUCUUGUCCUUUACAUCAUCAUCAUCAUCCACUGGAACGCCUGCCUGUACUUUGCCAUCUCCAAGGUUCUUGGCUUUGGCUCGGACACUUGGGUUUAUCCCAGCUUGUCAGUUCCCGAGUAUUCACGCCUGGCCCGGCAGUACAUCUACUGCUUUUACUGGUCCACGCUCACCCUGACCACCAUCGGGGAAACCCCUCCCCCAGUGCGAGAUAUUGAAUAUUUCUUUGUGGUCGUGGACUUCCUCACUGGAGUUCUGAUCUUCGCCACCAUCGUCGGUAACGUCGGUGCGAUGAUUUCCAACAUGAACGCAGGCCGCGUGGAGUUCCAGGCUAAAAUCGACUCCAUCAAGCAGUACAUGCAGUUUCGAAAGGUCACCAAGGACCUGGAGGUGAGGGUGGUGAAGUGGUUCGACUACCUGUGGACCGAGGAGAAGACCUGCGAUGAGAAGCUGGUGCUAAAGAAUCUGCCCGACAAGCUGAAGGCUGAGAUCGCCAUCAACGUGCAUCUGGAGACUCUGAGGAAAGUGAGAAUCUUCCAAGACUGUGAGGCGGGUUUGCUUAUCGAGUUGGUCCUGAAGCUUCAACCCCAGUUCUUCAGUCCGGGUGACUACAUUUGUAAGAAGGGCGACAUCGGUCGAGAAAUGUACAUCAUCAAAGAAGGAAAGCUGGCUGUGGUGGCAGACGAUGGAAUUACCCAGUUUGUAGUGCUCAGUGACGGCGCGUAUUUCGGAGAAAUCAGCAUCCUGGGCAUCAAGGGCAGUAAAGCAGGAAACCGAAGAACGGCCAACAUCCGAAGCGUGGGGUACUCCGAUCUCUUCGCUCUGUCCAAAGAUGACCUGAUGGAGGCACUGACUGAGUAUCCUGAUGCAAAGUACGCACUGGAGGAGAAAGGACGGUCCAUCCUCAUGAAGGACAACCUCAUCGACGAGUCGCUGGUCAACGUCACCGACGCCAAAGACUUGGAGCAGAAAGUCACCGACAUCGAAGCCAAUAUAGAAGUCAUGACAUUGAAAUUCAGGAAGCUGACAAGUCAAUAUGAAUCAUCGCAGCGCAAAAUGAAGCAGCGGCUCACUAACAUAUCCAACCAGGUCAGGACAAUGAGAUUUGACGAUGAGUAA